GGGGGGAGCUCCUCGGCACCGGCGGCGGCGGCAGCACCCCGGGGACAUCGCGGUGCCCGGAGCGCGAUGCGUGCGGGCGGGGAGGCUCCGCACCAGGUGCUGGGCCGGCUGCGGUUCCUGCUGCAGUGCAGCGAGUGCUUCCGCCGCGCCCGGGCGCUGCCCGCCGCGCUGUGCUACGUGCCCCGGGAGGUGCAGUACAAGAUCUGCAAGGACCCCGCCGCCGCCGCCGCCGCCGCCGCCGCCCGCAGCCUGCUCAGCGUCUGGGACAGCCCGGGGCCGGCGCGGGGCGGCAAGCGGGCGGCGCGGGCCACCAUCGAGGUGCGGAAGGGCGGCUGCCUCCGCGCCACCGGCGAGGAGUACUGCAACGGCGCCGGGCUCUGGGUGAAGCUCAGCAAGGAGCACCUGGAGGAGUGCCGGAGCAGCCAUGAGCUGGACGAGGGCUGGCUGCUGGCGCGGAGGUUCGGGGAGGGAGGAGAUAAGUUGGUGCCGGUGGAGCCCGCCGAGAAGAUCCAGUGGCAGCACCAGACGUUCGGCGUGGAUUACAAACCCGCAGCCAGCUGGGAACAAGUGGUGGACCUGACGUACUCCAUGCGGCUCGGCGAGAAGCCCAGACCCAUAGAGCAGGACGAGGCUGCGGUGCGGAAGUUUCGGUCGGUGCCCCCAGCCUGGAGCUAUGAGCAUGACGUGGAGCUGGGACGCUUCCUGUAUAACCACAGCGAGAGGAGCCCGCAGAGCAGGGACUGCAUCAAGGAGCACAUCUACAGCGUGGAGGUCUCCUCGCAGGCGGAGGACUACAAAGCUUGUCACCUCACAGACAACCAUGCAGAGACCUUCUGGGAGAGCAAUGGCUCCAUCGGGCAGCACUGGGUGCGGCUCAACAUGAAGAAAGGCACCAUUGUCAAGAAGCUGUGGCUGACGCUGAACGUGCAGAUCCACUCCUACAUCCCCAGGCGGGUGGCCGUGUACGGUGGGGCACCAAACAGUCUGCAGCACUUGAGAACCGUCUUAAUUAACGAGAGCAGCUACCAGGACGUCUGCAUCCUCCGCGACAUGAAGACCCACCUACCGGUGCUGGAGAUCCGCAUCCUGGAGUGCCGGGACCAAGGGUGCGACGUCCGCCUGCGAGGGAUUAAGAUCAACUCCUUCUGGGAGUGGGAACUGAACCUCAACGCGGACAUGUUCCAGCCAGACCAGCUGGUGCGCUACCCCCUCUUGGAGGGGAUGGACGCAGACAUGCUGUACCGGCGGGCCGUGCUCAUCCAGAGGUUCGUCCAGCUCCUGGACAGCGUCCUGUGGUACCUGAUCCCCAUCUCCGAGGAGAGCAUUGGCACCUUCAAUAUGCUCAGGAGCAUGAAGCCGUUCCUGCUGCUGUCCAAGCACGGCCCAGCCCUCAUCACCCAGUUUCUCCAGAGCUCGGAGAGCAGCCCGCCUUCCUCCCUGCCGAAGCUCUACAUCAACCGGCAACUGGCCCGCGAGCACCGCGCCCGCCCGGCGCUGGACCCCAGCGGCAAGAACACCGUCUUCACCCAGGUGUACGAAAGCCUGAAAUACUCCGAGAAGACCAAGCAGCCCUUGGACUACAGGUGGCCCCGGAGCUACAGCCAGUGGUGGGAGUGCGACUUCACCACGGAGGGCGUCAUCGACAAUGGCGGUGGUUUUCGGGACAGCCUGUCGGACAUCUCGGAGGAGCUGUGUCCCAGCUCGGGUGACGUCCCCGUGCCCCUGCCCUUCUUCGUGCGCACAUCCAACCAGGGUAACAGCAGCAGUGACACCAGGGACAUGUACGUCCCCAACCCCUCCUGCAAGGACUUCGCCAAGUAUGAGUGGAUCGGGCAGCUGAUGGGAGCAGCCCUGAGGAGCAAGGAGAUUCUGGUCCUAUCUCUGCCCGGUCUGGUGUGGAAGCAGUUGGCAGGGGAGGAGGUCAUCUGGAACAAGGACUUCGCUGCUGUGGAUGCAGAGCUGGUGAAGCUGCUGGAAGUGCUGGAGGGGGUGGACAGGGAGGCCUUCGACUUCAUGUUUGGCAGAGAGCUGACCUACACGAUGGUGCGGAGCGACCAGCGCAUGGUGGAGCUGAUCCCCAACGGCAGCAGCACCGUGGUGCGCUUCGAGGACCGCAAGGACUUCAUCCGCCUGGUGCAGAAGGCUCGACUGGAGGAGAGCAAGGAGCAGGUGGCGGCCCUGCGGGCUGGGCUGCUCCGCGUGGUGCCGCAGGCCGUGCUGGACCUGCUCACCUGGCAGCAGCUGGAGAGGAAGGUCUGCGGGAACCCCGAGCUGACGGUGGACGACGUGAAGACGUUCAUCACGUUUGAGGACUUGCAGUCCGACGACCCCCGCAUCCGGAUCUUCUUGGAGGCGCUCAGCAACUUCACCAGCGAGGACCUCAGCCGCUUCCUCAAGUUCGUCACAGGCCGCAGCCGCCUCCCGGUUCAGAUCACCGUCUACCCAGACAGAUCGGGAACGCAGCAGCUGGACAUGAUGCCCAAGGCCUCCACGUGCUCCUGCAUCUUGUUCUUGCCCAACUACUCCUCGGCCCAGGUCUGCGAGGAGCUGCUGCGCUACGCCGUGUACAACUGCAUGUCCAUCGACACCGACAAGCCUGCGACACCGGAGGUGUCCAUCGACUCCCCCGAGCUGUGGGGACAUUUUGUGGAAUAAAAACACAACGAGGCUGUGCUCGUG